AUGGAAGCACUAGCUAUCGGAUCCGCGCCUCCCCGGCCGGGCCUCGCUGCCCUCGCAAGGUACUCCCACCUCCGCCGCCUCGGAACCCUCGCCGCCACCGCCACCGCAGCAAAGCGCCCCCUCACGGCGGCCUCCAUGGACGCCGCCGCCGCCGGUGGCCGCCCGAGCCCCGCGCCUAUCCGCUGCACCAGCGCGGAGACGGACGCCGAGGUGGAUGAGGUCGCGACGAGCUCGCACGCUGCGGCCGACGCGGGGGCCACCAUGGACACGGAGCAAGGGGGCAACGGGAGCCCCGUGGCGGGCGCCGUGGACUCCGCCGAGGUCGCGGGCGUCGACGGGAUAAGGAUCCGGCGGCGGCCCGUGACGGGGCCCGCGGUGCACUACGUGGGUCCGUUCCAGUUCCGCCUCGAGAACGAGGGGAACACGCCGCGGAACAUCCUCGAGAAGAUCAUCUGGGACAAGGACGUAGAGGUUUCGCAGAUGAAGGAGAGGAGGCCCCUGUACAUGCUGAAGGGCCCGCUUGAUGCUGCUCCCCCCGCCAGGGACUUCGUUGGGGCGCUCAAGGCGUCCGAUGAUCGGACUGGCUUGCCUGCUCUGAUUGCGGAGGUCAAGAAGGCUUCACCAAGCCGGGGUGUUAUCAGGGAGAAUUUUGAUCCGGUUCAGAUCGCUCAGGCAUAUGAGAAAAACGGAGCAGCAUGCCUUAGUGUUCUUACAGAUGAAAAGUACUUUCAGGGAAGUUUUAACAACUUGGAGGCUAUUCGCAAUGCUGGAGUCCAGUGCCCUCUUCUGUGCAAAGAGUUCAUUGUUGAUGCUUGGCAACUUUACUAUGCACGGUCCAAGGGCGCAGACGCUGUUCUUCUAAUUGCUGCUGUAUUACCUGACCGUGAUAUCAAAUACAUGUUGAAAAUUUGCAAAAUACUUGGGAUGGCUGCUUUAGUUGAGGUUCAUGAUGAAAGGGAAAUGGACCGUGUUUUAGGGAUCGAUGGUGUACAGCUCAUCGGCAUCAAUAACCGUAAUCUUGAGACAUUUGAAGUUGAUAUUACAAACACAAAAAAGCUUCUGGAGGGUGAACGAGGACAAAUUAUAGCUCAAAAGGAUGUAAUUGUUGUAGGAGAAUCUGGGCUGUUCACUCCUGAUGACAUUUCGUUCGUUCAAAACGCUGGGGUCAAAGCGGUUCUCGUCGGGGAAUCCCUUAUCAAGCAGGAGGAUCCAGGGAAAGCAAUCACUGGGCUUUUCGGCAAAGAUAUCUCGCACGCUGGUGCUACCUAA